GACCGCAGCAACGCCAACUUCCUGGUGUGGCCGCCCUGCGUGGAGGUGCAGCGCUGCUCCGGCUGCUGCAACAACCGCAAUGUGCAGUGUCGCCCCACCCAGGUCCAGCUGCGGCACGUACAGACAACCAUCUCCCGCCUCUGCUGCAGCCCCUGACCUUGGCUGGCGCUCCAGGAAUGAGGACACCACAGGCCCCACGCUCAACCGGAAAUGCCUUUCUCCCUCUCUGGGGGCACAUAGGGGGGCAAAGCCGGAGGCCAGGUCGAGAGGGCUUGUUUUGAUGGAAAAGCUACAAGAAGGGCAGAGGGCAAGGUCCUGCUAUUGUUUGGGCCAAAGCAUUUACCCUGCAGGCUGCUCUCUGGGCUUUCGAGGAAAGAUCAACACAGGGGACACGGGGUGGGAAGAGCAGGCAGUUCGGGUCCUCUUGCUCCUGCCUGUGUGGCCUCGUAAGAGGCACUCUGGUGGUUUUCACCUCCAGGUGAGAAAGAUCGAGAUCGUGCGGAAGAAGCCAGUCUUUAAGAAGGCCACGGUGACACUGGAGGACCACCUGGCAUGCAGGUGUGAGACAGUGGUGGCUGCUCGGCCUGUGACCCGAAGCCCUGGGGGUUCCCAGGAGCAGCGAGCCAAGACGCCCCAAAUGCGGAUGGCCACUCGGACCGUGGUAGUCCGCCGGCCCCCCAAGGGGAAGCACCGGAAAUUCAAGCACACACAUGACAAGAAGGCACUGAAGGAGACCCUCGGAGCCUAGGGGCAUCGGCAGGAGAGUGUGGGCAGGGUUAUUUAAUAUGGUAUUUGCUGUAUUGCCCCCAUGGGGUCCUUGGAGUGAUAAUAUUGUUCCCUUCGUCCGUCUGUCUCGAUGCCUGAUUCGGACGGCCAAUGGUGCUCCCCCCACCCCUCCACGCGACCGUCCAUCCUUCCAUCAGCGGGUCUCCCGCAGCGGCCUCCGGCGUCUGGUCCAGCAGCUCAAGAAGUAAAAGAAGGACUGAGCUCCAUCUUCCUCCCUUGACCUGAAGAAUAUGGGAUUAAUGCAAGAGAGACUGAUGGGGUCGCUGUUUCGGGGAAGGGGCUCCCUUCCCCCUCGCCUGGUUCGGGCCAUACCCGGGCUCUGUGGACUGGCCUGAGGAGCCCUGCACAUGCCCCUGAGGACCUCUCAGCAUGGCCUGCCUGUCCCUGGGCCCCUUGCCAGCUCUGAGGGGAACACCUCCAGGCAGGUCGGGGUACCUCCUACUCCUAUGGCUAAGGCCAUGUGGGGGAGCACAGACUGGAGAAAACCCCCUCGUGUGGUGCCCAGACCUACCAGUCGCCUCCUCACCUGGUCGCCUCUGCUCACGGUGGCUUCUUUUCAUUUUACAUGUAUGAAGUCCUUGAAGAUGUGGACUCCUCUGGGCAGGUAUGGCCAGAGCGCCAGGUGGCCAGUUGCCCUCAGGCGGGUUAGGGAUGCAGUUUGCUCUUGAGGUGGACAUCGAUGGCAACCUGGGCAUCCUCUGCCUUCCCCCCUCCCCCCCACCUUGGUCCUCUUCUUUCCCUAUUUCAUUUCAUUUCUCUACCUCCACGCUGCAUUGUCCUCUUGUCCUGGUCCUUCAAUCUGCUUCACCAAGGGAGUCUUGGGCCCCUUACUGAGGCCUCCAAAUGACCCCAGUCACUCCUCCCUGGGGCAGAAGACCAGGGGCCAGGGCAGCAGGGGACCUGCCCAUCAUAUUCCAACCCAGCCAAAACUGCCACGUAAGGUUGCGCAGGAUGUGUACUGCACAAGGGCACUGCACGUGGGAAGCACAAUUCACACCAUAGAUAUGGUGGAUUUGUAUAUUUUUAUGACAGUUUCUGGCAGAUGUACAUGAAGUGUCUGAGGAAAGGGAUUCUUUUCCUAAUUCACACAAAGGCUCCGUGUGGACUGGCUGUGUCCCUGACUGGAGUGGUCAGACAGGAGUGAGCCCUGGGUGGAGGGUGGGGAGACAACACUGUUGUCCAUCUGGCCUCCAUUUCCCAGAGUCCUUAGCUGCGGCAAUCACCCUUGAGGCAGGUAUGAGAAACCCAGGAGGGGGUCUCCACGGGAGGGGCAGCUCCUCCCAUCCCACCCCCUCCCUGCUUGCACACUCCCCCAUCUUAGAUCCUUUCGAGUCCCAUCUCUGAUGGCUCCUCCCAGGAAACCAGCUCAUGGGCUGAGAGGGGGGGAGAAGAGGGGGAGACCCCAGGACCCCCUAGGGGUGGGGUCUGAGCUCCCACGUCCCUUCCCACCUUCCGUUGCACUUCCCUACCCCCUUCCAAAACCUGCUUCCUUCAGUUUGUAAAGUCGGUGAUUAUAUUUUUGGGGGCUUUCCUUUUAUUUUUUAAAUGUAAAAUUUAUUUAUAUUCCGUAUUUAAAGUUGU